UCAGUGUCAUGAUGAAGAUGGAGUCUGUUCUAGGAACUCUGUAGAAGUGGAAAUCUUAUACACACUUAGUGGAGAAUAAUUUGUUUAAUUGUUUGUUAAUUUGAUCUCUUGUUUCUUGUUACUGCAUCAUAUUUAGUAUUGUUUUUUUCCGCGAGAACUUUCUAAAUAAUUUCAUUUUACAUUUAAAUUGUUUAAUAGAUGAAUCGCAGUAAAUACACAUAUUUUGAGAAACUUUUUCAUUGUUAAGCGACUUAAAUUAUUAGCGCAAGGGCUCAUGGGAAGUGAAAACGGUUGUAUUGGACACGACCAAUUUGUUUAGGUGCUCCCAUGGUAGCUUUUUGGCAACAACCAACAUGGCGCGUGAAACACCCGUGUGUUGUCAAACCUUUACAUUUAAUCUGCUUCCUAACAAAAGAUUCAAAUUCCUGGAAGAUCCGUGUAUAUCGGAGCUGUUGAUGAAAUGGUCCAUGCUGGGGAGAAUUUCUGUCCAGGCCUUUAACUUUGAACAGAACUUUCAGUCUUACAUGAAGGAUCACUUUGCUCUGAAUUUCUUUCAGGAUACUUGUGUAAAAAACAACUUGUGUGUGUUGGACACAUCAGGUGUAUGGAAACCUCUGGACAACGAAGUUAUACGUGUGGAGGUAGAUCUUGUUCCAUGCACCAAAGUGUCUGUGGACAUAUUUGAUCCAAUUUUCUCCAGUGGAAUUGUGCAUCCUUCUGGUCACAUUGCCAAAUGUUUCCAUGCAGUACAUUAUGAUUUUGAUGAGUUGCGAAUGAUGCUGCUUGAAGAGGACUCUGAUUACUAUCAUGUGGUCAGUCCGUGUGACCGGCAGGAGUUCCUGUUCAGGCUGUUUAAGCACAUCGCACUGGGUGGCGAACUCUGCCAGUUCGAAGACUUAAUCAGUCCCUACAUUGAAACUGCAAAAAUGAUUUAUAAAGAAUUGUUGAGUGUUCAGACAGAUUCGGAGUCAAAGAAGAUCAGCGUCGUAUCAACGGUUUUAAAAGUCUCUGCCUAUGACGAUUAUGGCUUGUGUUAUCCAUCCAGAAGAGACAAUGAGCAGACAUUUGCCUAUCUGUGCAUAGAUCCUUUCAAAAGACAUGUAUAUGUCUUGUACCACUGUUUUGGCAUUGGCCAAUUUUCUAAUAAAGAUUUUAAGUGCUCUUGAACAA